AUGGGUCGCAUGCACGCACCUGGCAAGGGCAUUUCGUCCUCCGCCCUUCCCUACCGCCGCACGCCUCCCUCGUGGCUCAAGACGAGCCCGGAGGACGUUGUCGACCAGAUCGCAAAGCUCGCCCGCAAGGGUCUCACGCCCUCCCAGAUCGGCGUCACCCUCCGUGACUCGCACGGCAUCCCCCAGGUCCGCUUCGUCACCGGUAACAAGAUCUUGCGUAUCUUGAAGAGCAACGGUCUUGCGCCUUCGAUCCCGGAGGAUCUCUGGCACCUCGUCAAGAAGGCCGUCGCCGUCCGCAAGCACCUCGAGACUAACCGCAAGGACAAGGACUCCAAGUUCCGUCUUAUUCUCAUCGAGUCGCGCAUUCAUCGUCUUGCCCGCUACUACAAGACCAAGCAGCAGAUCCCGCCGUCGUUCAAGUACGACUCGGCGACUGCUUCUACUCUCAUCGCCUAA